CAGGACUCAGGACCUUGAGAGGCUCAGGAAGAACCACCCUUGAGAGCAGCAGCAACCUCAGCACCCAGCACUGCCACAUCUGCCGAGAAAGCAUGUUCCUCGCUACGUUCAAGCUGUGUGCUGGAAGCUCCUAUAGACAUAUGCGCAAUAUGAAAGGAUUAAGGCACCAAGCUGUGCUGGCCAUUGGCCAAGAGCUCAACUGGAGAGCACUGGGGGAUUCCAGUCCCGGGUGGAUGGGUCAAGUUCGACGGAGCUCUCUGCUUGGUUCUCAACUGGAAGCAACACUCUAUAGUGACCAGGAGCUGUCCUACAUCCAGCAGGGAGAGGUGGCUAUGCAGAAGGCCUUGGGCAUACUCAACAACCAGGAAGGCUGGAAGAAGGAAAGCCAGCAGGAGAACGGGGACGAAGUGCUAAGUAAGAUGGUGCCAGAUGUAGGCAAGGUGUUUCGCUUGGAGGUGGUGGUAGACCAGCCCAUGGACAGACUCUAUGAAGAACUUGUGGACCGCAUGGAGGCCAUGGGAGAGUGGAACCCAAAUGUCAAGGAGAUCAAGGUCCUGCAGAGGAUUGGAAAAGACACGGUCAUCACUCACGAGCUGGCUGCGGCGGCAGCAGGCAACCUGGUGGGGCCCCGAGACUUUGUGAGCGUGCGCUGUACCAAGCGCAGAGGUUCCACCUGUGUGCUGGCAGGCAUGGCCACACAUUUUGGGGAGAUGCCCGAGCAGAGUGGUAUCAUCAGAGCUGAACACGGCCCCACCUGCAUGGUGCUUCAUCCACUGGCUGGAAGUCCCUCCAAGACUAAACUCACUUGGCUGCUCAGUAUUGACCUGAAGGGGUGGCUGCCGAAGACAAUCAUCAACCAGGUCCUAUCGCAGACCCAGAUAGAGUUCGCCAACCACCUGCGCAAGCGCCUGGAGGCCAGCCCUGCCUCUGAGGCCCAGUGUUAAGGAGUGUCCACCACGUCGACCUGCAAGUCAUUGGAAGCUCUGACAGGAAGCCUGCAAGUCUGUCCAUCUUCAGUUAACCACAUCGGGAGGGGUGGUAGGCAGAAGACACUAGGACUGACUGGUAAAAUCAGGAUCAGCAAAAUAGAAAUGAGGCUUAGAAUAAAAGUUCUCUAGUGUCUUCCACUGCCUCGCUGUGAAGGCUAAGGGCUAAGUAGCUAUGAAACCUUCCAUCUAGGCUUGUAUAUGCUGACCUAAAAGACAUCAGCAGCUACGAACAGGAGAUGCUAAGGAUGGGGAACUGUUGUCAUACCAGCUCCAAAUGUCACUACCUGAAGGCAGUGUGCGCACAAAGCAAGGUCUUACCUAGGAAACACUGUGGCCUUCUGCUCCUCUGUAAAAGACCAGAACUUGAAACUACCUACAAAGGGCCCUUCCAGAGUAUUCCAACUUUUCUCUGAGGAAAAAUGAAACCACCAUUGUGCCGACUUCCCUACUAAUCCCAUGACAAUAAAGAACAUGCAUGCACACUUCAGCCUGUACAUUUCAGGUCCCAGCCUAGGGAAUCACAGCUUCAGCAGAACUCUGCGUUUAAAUCUCCUAGCUCACAAAAGGGAACAAAGCUUCUGGAGAUUUGUCAUUUGACUGUUUCGAUUCUUUCCUAAAAAUGCAACCUCAUAAUUAAAGGCACAUGCCUUUAAUCCCAGCACUCAAGAGGGCAGAGGCAGGUGGAUUUUUUCUAAUACUGAGGCCAACCUGGUCUACACAGAAGGAUAGCCAGAGCUACAUAAUGAGACUCUGUCUCAAAACCACAAAACCCAGGGAUUGAAAAGAUGGCUGACCUGUUGGGAGCACAAGCUGCUCUACCAAGGAAUCCAGGGCCAAUCCCCAGCGUCCACACAGCAGCUCACAACUCUAAUUCUAGUCCCAGGGAACCUGAUGUCCUCUUGUGGCCGCCAUGGGCACCAGGUGUGCAGUGGUACAUAGACAUACAGGUAUGUAGGCUGAACACUCAUUAACACAACCCUUGUCGGAUGCGGUGGCUCAACAGCUUUAAUCUCAACACUGCAAAUGGUGACACCAGUGAAUCGCUCCAAGUUCCAGGCCAGCUAGGACCCCAGUGAGACCAUCUCACAACAAGCAGGAAUAAAUUCUUCCGAGUUGAUAGUUAAGAUUUACAGCAUUCUGGCAGGAAGAUGAUGACAGGAUUUUCAUUUACCUAUACUGAUUAAAUAAUACGACCAAUAAUGUUAAGGUAAAGUGACUGCUCUAUUGUUUAUAGACAGAGUAGAUGCCAGCCUGGCUCAGAGCUAGCAACUUCCUUAUUUGAAAAGGUUAAAAUGUUAUGUUACCUUCUAGGAAGACAAAUAGCUACAAGUCAGUAGAGCUAGAACAUUCCUAUUCCGGGAUUUGGAGAUAUUACACUUUAAAGGUAUAAAUUGAGAGCCAGGUGACGGUGGCACAUGACUUUAAUCCCAGCAGAAGCAGGUGGAUCUCUUGAGUUUGAAGUCAGCCUGGUUUACAGAGUAAGUUCCAGGAAAGUCAGGGCUGUUACAUAGAGAAACGCUGUCUCAAAAACAUAAAAUAAUAAAAAUGACAAAAAUAUAAGUGUGACCAGCAAAAUGUGUACGUGCUUGCCACCAAGACUGAUGACAUCAGAAGCCACAGAGAUGGAAGGAGAAAUGAAAAACAGAGAGGUCCUUAUGGCUGCUUAUCCACACUAAGUACCUUACACACAUAAAUACUGGUAUAUAUUGGAAUUCCUUUCCGAAUGUGUUAAGGAUGAACAAUUGUAACAACCAAAAGCUUUUCAUUCUAAGCAU